GCAUACAGAGGAACUAAUUCAGCUGUUUAAUUCAUGUGUGUUGGACCAGGCACACAUAUAAAAGUUGCAGGACAGCAGCUGGAGAACUGAAGUUGAAGACUCUAUUAAAUCAAACUAUAUGCUCUUGAUCUCAGUUAGAUGAAGCAUGUCUUCAUGUGGGCUGGGCUAAACUUCAUCCAACGACAGAUUUUUAAAGCACUGAUGAUAAGACAUGUUAGAGAGUUGUUUCUGCAUUUCACCGAGAUCACUGCAGACGGAGAGACUUCAGGGAGCGAUUUCCUAACAACUCUCAGUCGGCCAACAGGAACCAGAGUGCUUUCUGUCCUAUUUUCCAAGAAAAUCUGGAAAAGAGUUAUGGAUCAGGAAAGGCACCUGUCCUCAGAAGAAGAAGCUGGAGAACCUUCGGUCGUCAUCGGUCUGGUUCUGCUGCGGCUCCAGCAUGCAGUCGUCCUGUGGUUCUCCAGGGCAAGACGCAGACUCCUGCAGGGGUUCACUGUGUUCUCCACGGUGCUUCUGCUCCUCUGGAUUGCAGCUUUUCUAUAUGGGACCUUCUACUACUCCUACAUGCCCAAAGCGGCUUUUUCUGCACCGGUAUACUACUACUACAGGACAAACUGUGAAUCGCCAUCAUCUUUCUGGUGCUCUUAUCCUGUGGCCAAUGUCUCUAUGAUGAGAAAUAGGAAACAUGCGCUGACAUUUGGCCAGGUGUAUCGGAUGUAUCUGCAGCUGGAGAUGCCCGACUCUCCAACCAAUCAUGAGGUGGGGAUGUUCAUGAUCAAAACGACAUGUUUCUCUCAGGAUGGAGGCCAAGUGGCUUCCUCUGCUCGCACUCGCUAUGUUUCUCAGGCAAGCCAGCUGCAGAAGGCCUCCAGCUCUCGCUUUGGAAUGCUUCGCUACCGAUCUGACCUGCUGAACACUCUGGGAACGCUCCUCUUCCUCCCUGCCUUUUUGACCGGAGCAGCCGAGCAGAAGCAGGUUGUACAGGUGGAGCUCUUCUCAGAGUUCACAGACGACCCAUACGCUCCAUCGGUCAUGGCUGUCAUUGAGAUCCUGUCUAGCAAAGUCCAGAUCUACUCAUCUCAUCUGUUUGUGCACGCCCAUUUCACUGGCUUGAGAUAUUUGCUGUUCUACUACCCCGUCCUGUCAGCCCUUAUAGGUGUUGCAACUAACUUCACCUUCCUCAGCUUCCUCUUCAUCCUGAGCUACAUGAGGCAGCUGUUGAGGCUGCCUCAGAAACCAGAGCAGAUCACUACAGAUGAACUCCAGCCACAGGAUGAAAAGGAUCUCAGUGCAGAUGCUGCAGAGCGGCUGGGUCCUCUGCAAACUGAUCCCACAGACAUGAGUGGGGAAGAGCGCCACCUGGAGCAUUCCAACACAGACAUGCAUAACGGACACACACUUAAUCAGGGUGAUAUGAGCCAAUCUGAGGCAGCCUGAUGUGUUUAUUGAAAGAAAUCUAGUCUGGAGAUUUAAGUAAAGGUAUCAGAAUUAAACUCUGAACUUUAAUUUGAAGUGUUUUGUAAUUAACAAAUUUUUACCAAUUGUGUUUUGUGAAAUGAAUUUGGAAAUGAGAAAAAAAAUCUAAAUAUUUAGAAAACAGUACCUAAAACAUUUUAAUGUUUGAAGUUAUUUUCAUAUUCAACAUUUUAGAGAGUUCCCUAUCAAUGUUUCAGCUCAAAUAGGAAACCUGGAGACAAAGUAUGGACGGAUGAGCCGAUGGACGGAUGAAUUGAUUUAUGGUUGGAGGAACAAAUUAAAAUGGACGGGUAGAUGGUUGACUUGAUUUUCCUGAGUAAAGAAACAAAUUAAAAUAGAUGGGUGGAUAAAUGUUUUGGCAAAACUAGACAUGCAUGAAAUUGAGAAAGGAACUAGAUUACAGUUUAAAAAUAUUGAUAUUUUUAAUUUUCUGUUAAUCCAAACCUAUCCAGGUCGCACCAACUUUAAAUCCCUUACCAGUCCAGGAACCUUGAGUUAUAACUAAACUUCCAUGUUUUUGUUGCAUAUCACAAUAAAAAGGUUUUACUGCAGAAAAUUUUCUUUUUUUAUCCUGUU